AGCGUCCUGUGACUCGUUUCCUUCCUCAACUGCUGUGAUGGCCCAGAAUUGGUGUGUCUUGAUGCAAUUCCAUACGCAUGUGCUAGUGUGUGUGUGUGUGUAUACCGUAAGUGCAUUCAAACAUGCGUACGUGUGUGCUUCUGUUACUGGUGACCACAGGAACCGUGCCAUCGUCCGCGUUGACCGUGCAUGUCUCUGACGUCAACGUGUUGCGAGGACAAGAAGCCGUCCUGGGAUGCUCCUUCACUCAUCAAGACCGCAAUGCUGGGAACAUCGAGCUGAGCUGGAUCGGCAGAAAAAAAGACGGACCGCCAUUUUUCCAAUGUCAAGUAAAGAACGACUCAUCGGCCUUGCCGGACGACUGCUUUGGCACGGAGGAUUACGCGUUGGCCGGUGACCUCCGCCAGGGGAUGGCGUCGCUUCGCAUCAAACAUGACAAGGUGUCUGAGGGCGAGUACUUCUGCCAAGUGACGCUGGAUGGAAAAAAAGAAGUGAGCAAAGCGCUGAUGCUGAACGUACAAGUGAGGCCCGCAAUCCUGAGUCUGUCACUGAUCACCGGCAGCGCCCCCCAGAGGCUGGAGUGUUUGGCGGAGGGCAAGCCGAUACCCAACAUCACCUGGAUGUCGGCCUCCGGGAGCCCGUUAAAGACAACAUUAGAGGUUCAGACCUUAUCGACGGGUUCGUUCUUGAACAGCUCCGUCCCGUACAAACAGCAGGACGAGCUCACCUGCCGGGUGGAGAGCGAGCUGGGGAGGGCCGAGCAGACGUACCGGCCGGCCAACGCGAAGAGGGAUGUGGUCCUGGCAUGCGGUACGGUCGCCGCGGCGCUUCUGCUGUUGGCCACAGGGGGCGUCAUCGUCCACCGACUGAGGCUCAGAGCUCGAAAUCGCCACGCUCAGAUUCCACAAAACCCUGGUGAUGCUGAUGCACUUCCGACUGUUUAUAGCGCUCUUGCUCUUCCUGAAGCCAGUGAAGGCGUGCCGUCCACCACACGUGCUCUCACACAUCAAGAGCAAGAUAUGUUUUAUUCGACUGUGACCUUUCAUAAAUCAUCUUCAUCUUCCAAGUUCAUCAGCUAGCCUCUGUUCUGCCCAAGCGGCAAAGGGGUAGAGUCAAAAUAAAAAAUAUGAUUUUGAGCCAGUUGCUUUGGUCAUUCCAACGUGGGAGCACUGACAGGAAGUGGCGUGGUUAACAGAGUAAGAAUCUUGUGACCUUUGCAUGACUGCGUCUUCACCUGCUCAGUGCUCACACUUUCACUUCCCACCACACAAACACACACACAUUACUGUAAAAUAGUUUCUGCCUGAUUUUCAUCUUUAUAUGUAGCCUUUUUGUAGUCUUUUUAGUCUUUUAUUUUUGUACUCUUUGUAGUCUAUUAGCAUUUUGCUUAUUUCUUUUUGCGGCCUUGUCGUACUUUUUUUGUGAUGUUUUGUAUAGUUUUUUUUUGUACUUUCUACUCAUUAUAGUCUUUGGUAGUCUAAGCAUUUAUUUAGAUUUUUAUAUUUGUUUAGGUUUUUGUAUAGCCUUGAGCCAUUUUUGUUGCCUUUUUAGUCUUUCUGUGUGUUUUUCUAACGACAUUUGUAGUAUGAAAGUACGCAUAAUCUGUUUUUGUUGAUUGUGUUCAGGGUUGAACCUGUUACCGAGCUAUCUUGGAGUGCAAAGUUCAUACUACACUUGUCAAUAAAAACAAUAAAAGUGAGUUACAUGAA